CUGAAGCACUCAAGAAACACAAAACAAAGAAAGAGAGAGAAGAUUAGUUGUGCACUCUUUGAAGCAAAGAGAGUGCUAAAAUUGGUGGCGCCACCUUCAUGGUGCCCAAAAUGGAGAGGCAUUUUUUGCCUCAGCUGACCUUUGCGGCCAUUGUAUGCUUCCUGGCUACAAAUGUAGUGGCUGAUAAACCGGAGCCAUAUUACUAUUCUUCUCCACCCCCACCUUACCUCUACGAAUCACCACCACCACCAUCGCCGUCACCACCUCCUCCUUAUGUCUACAAGUCUCCACCACCACCUUCACCAUCUCCACCUCCUCCAUAUGUCUACAAGUCCCCACCUCCCCCUUCUCCAUCGCCGCCACCUCCAUAUGUGUACAAGUCUCCACCACCACCUUCACCAUCUCCGCCACCUCCUUAUGUCUAUAAGUCUCCUCCACCACCAUCACCAUCACCGCCACCUCCGUAUAUCUACAAGUCGCCGCCGCCACCUUCGUCAUCUCCACCUCCUCCUUAUGUCUAUAAGUCACCACCACCACCUUCACCAUCACCCCCACCUCCAUAUGUCUACAAAUCUCCUCCACCACCAUCACCAUCACCACCACCUCCUUACGUGUACAAGUCACCACCUCCCCCAUCGCCUUCACCACCUCCUCCAUAUGUCUACAAGUCUCCACCCCACCUUCACUCACCACCCCCUCCUUAUGUCUAUAAGUCACCACCACCACCAUCGCCAUCACCGCCACCUCCUUACAUCUACAAAUCACCUCCACCACCAUCACCAUCACCACCUCCUCCAUAUGUAUACAAAUCUCCUCCUCCACCUUCACCAUCACCACCACCUCCUUAUGUCUACAAGUCUCCUCCCCCACCAUCUCCAUCUCCUCCUCCUCCUUAUGUGUAUAAAUCUCCCCCACCACCUUCACCUUCUCCACCACCUCCUUAUGUAUAUAAGUCUCCACCACCACCAUCGCCAUCGCCACCUCCUCCAUAUGUAUACAAGUCUCCACCUCCACCAUCACCAUCUCCACCACCCCCAUAUGUAUACAAAUCUCCACCUCCACCAUCGCCAUCUCCUCCACCUCCAUAUGUUUAUAAGUCUCCACCACCACCAUCUCCUUCACCACCUCCUCCUUAUGUCUACAAGUCUCCCCCACCACCAUCACCUUCACCACCACCUCCUUAUGUUUAUAAAUCUCCUCCACCUCCAUCGCCAUCACCACCGCCUCCUUAUUUCUACAAGUCUCCUCCACCACCCUCUAAAUCACCCCCAGAACCUUAUUACUACGAAUCUCCACCACCACCAACAACUGUCUACUAGUUGAAGUAACAACACUGAUUGGUUAUCAAUUAUGUUCCUACCAGAUUAUUGAAAUAAUGAACACCAAUUGAAGUUUGAGUUGGCCAUUUCGAUUAGGCAAUAAUGAGGAUUGAAGAAGGAUUUUCUUGAGAUCCAAAGAAAUAUGCAUACUACUGGAAUUUAUUAAACGAUUUGGUCCUUGAGGCCAUAUGAAUGUUUUUAUUUUGAUGGCUCUAUUGGGCCACACUUUCAUUCUCAAUAAACUGGUUGUAUUAUUUUUUUAUUAAUGCAUUUGGUUCUCUUA